GGUUUUUAAGGGAGUGAGUGAGAUGGAGGAGGUGGAGGAGGUGGAGAAGGACAAGGUUAGGGAGUAUUUGGAUAGCGUGAUUGUUCUCGAUUAUGUGGUUCCGUCCCUGCAAGUGUCUGAAGAUCCAUAAUCGGAUUCCGAUAUUACAAAAAAGGGUCGUGAUGCAACUGCGUAAGGCUUGAUUACAAUUUCUAGUUAGUCAUCCUCUUUGUCACCAUACCCACCUGUCGAACAUUAGACAUUCAUAUAUGGCUAAAAGCUAGCUAUCUAGCUUGUCAGGACAAUAAUGUGUACGUUACUAUAUAUUCAACGGUUAUAUACAACUGAAAGCUAGCGUUUUGAGACAACAAUGAGCACGUUACUUAUUUUAGUCACACAAUAUAAGUGGUUCACAUAUACAUCUAUCUCCUGGAUCAAUUUGAUGGGAGGGACCUUAGCUUCAGCAGAAAGAAGAAAGUGUCAACAUUUCAGAAGAGUCCGUCCCCUAAGAUUCAGACGAUACAACAAGACAUUUCUCUUUAUGUUUCGAAAAUAGAAAGAGAAAAAAGAAGAACAGUCAAGCACGUAUUUUGUAGAGAUUUUAGUGGUCCUGUAGCGGAUAUUUCGAUCAACAGUGGGAGCCAAUAAGGAUGAUGCACAAUAAGUGUGUUUGAUCGAAGUUUCUACUCGACGUACUACGUAACAAGAAAUAAGAGAGAAAAAGAGAGAGAUAGAGAUGGGAAGAAAACCCUGCUGUAACAAACAAGGGGUAAAAAAGGGAGCAUGGUCUGUUGAGGAAGAUGAAGUCCUCGUUCACUACAUAGAAACACAUGGAACAGGCAAAUGGAGAGACAUUCCUCAGAGAGCUGGGUUAAACCGGUGCGGAAAGAGCUGCAGACUGCGAUGGCUGAAUUAUCUUAGGCCGGAUAUCAAGAGAGGAAACAUUUCUGCCGAUGACGAUGAACUCAUUUUUAGACUACACAAUCUUCUUGGAAACAGGUGGACCCUUAUAGCCGGAAGAUUGCCUGGACGAACAGACAAUGAAAUAAAGAAUCACUGGAAUACUAAUUUGAGCAAGAGGUCAUUAGAGCAAGCUCCACACAAUGACAUUGAGGCUCAUGAUCAUGAUCAUCAUCAUCAGCAUGAUGAAUAUCCUAGCAAGAAAUUAAAAGAAGCUGAGGAUAUAAUUUACACGGAAGAUCAAAACAAGGCCAUUCGAACAAAAGCAUUUGAGCUCAUGAAGGACCUAAUUAUCCCAUCUACUAUUGCUCUUGAUGAUAACAGUACCAUAGACAACUCCCAUCAUCAUGAAAUUGAAAAGGCAAUAUCCUCUUCUUCUUCAGUAGUGGCUGAUCUUCACCAUCAAGAGCUGUCGAACUCGUCUGCUACUUUUGUUAUGGAUUUUGACAUGUACUUAUCCAACGAGUUGAAACGCACAGAUGUGGCGGCGGCGGAUGGAGAAGGAGGAUUCAGCCCUCUUGAUUAUUUCCCAGUUGAACAGGGAACCGAUGAGCUUGAUCAAGAUUGGAUAUUCAUAGAGGAUGCUUUAUUAAGGUCGGAAUAUUGGAAGGCUAACCAUCACGGACCAUUUCAACCGAGUAAUCACUACAAGAAAAAUCGCCUUUUGCAAGGAAUUUUUUCCUUGUAAAAGAGUAAAAAUUCCUUGCAAAACACCAAAUGCAAGGAAUAAAUUUGUUGCUAAGGUC